ACUCGGUCUAAAUCCACAUAGUAGCGGAAAGGGAGGGAGGAAGAAUGGAGCGCACGGCGCACUCCCUGGUGAGCAAUGUUGGGCAGCUGAUGGCCAACGAGGUUUGGCUGCUCCGCGCCGUGGGCCGCGAGGUCGUUGAGCUAAGGGACGAGCUGGCCACCAUGAACGCCGUCCUCCGCAUGCAGUCCGAAGCGGAGGACGGCGCCGUGGACCACUUCGUCCGGGAGUGGAUGAAGCAGGUGCGCGAGCUCGCAUACGAUGCAGACGACUGCAUCGACCUCUAUUUACUCCGAAUCAAGCGCCGUCCGAGUGACGGCUUCCUCGUCCGGUCCAAGCGCCUGCUUGUGACCCUUUUUCCACGGCGUCUCCUCGCCGGUAACAUCAGGGCCCUGCGCUCCCGAGCUGUCACCAUCAGCGAGCGCCAUGCUCGUUACAGCUCUAGCUGCCAGGCACUACGCCCCUCAGCUCCGUUCGCUCAUGUGCCGGCAGUGUGGGCGGAGUCAGCGCAAGCCCUUCGCCCUGCCGAUGCUGACGACCCUGAUCAGUUCGUCGGCAUCCAGGAGCAGGCUAAGAUCCUGGUGGCCAUGAUGGAGAAGGAAAAGGAUGACAAGAUUCAGGUUUUUUCCAUCGUGGGGUUUGGAGGGCUCGGUAAAACUACGCUCGCCAUGGAAGUUUGCCGGCAGCUGGAGACCAAGUUCGAUCGCCAAGCGCAAGUGUCCGUGUCUCCGGCGUUCGACGGUGGGAACAACCUGCGUGCGCUGCUGAAACGCGUGCUUGAGCAGAUUGCCACUGUCAAGUCAAAAAAUGAGAAAGUCAUCAUGGAAGAAGAGGCACAGGAUUCCGUGGGUAACAUUGACAGAAUGGAUGUCGAGGAGCUGACGAGCACGCUCAAGGAACAGCUCAAAGGCAAGAGGUACCUCAUUGUGAUCGAUGAUGUAUGGACAAUAGCAGCGUGGGCUACAAUACACUCCAAAAAGCCAAAAACUACAUACGGCAGCAGAAUCAUUGUGACCACUCGGAUAGAUAGUGUGGGGAAAGAAUGCAGUGGAGGUAGUGUAUGUAAAUACUACAGUAUACAACGACUCAGCUUGGAAGACUCUAAGAAGUUGUUUGUGAGGAGAGCAUUUGGCCCCAAGAGUACUUCUUGCCCAGAGGAGCUGAAAGCUUCAAUGAACAAUAUUUUGAAAAAAUGCAAUGGACUGCCAUUAGCUAUUGUUAGCAUUGGAAGCCUUUUAGCAAGCUAUUCCUCUCCAGAAAACAGCCAUAUGAGGGAAACACUUUGUAGAUCAAUUGGUUCACAGAUGGAGACCAACCCAGCCAUUGUGGGGAUGAGGAAUAUCAUCACACUUAGCUUCAACUAUCUGCCUCAUGACCUCAAACGUUGCAUGACGUAUGUUAGCAUUUUCCCAGAGGAUUAUCAGAUCAGCAAGGACAGGCUCUUGAGAAGAUGGAUUGCUGAAGGAUUGAUACCUGAGAAGCGGGGGCUUACUUUGAUGGACACUGCAGAGGCCUACUUCAAUGAGCUAGUGAAUAGGAGUAUGAUUGACCAAGCCGGCUGUAUAGUCACCUACUAUAAUAGAGUGGAUUUGUGUCGGGUGCACGACAUGAUGCUUGAGGUCAUGGUAUCUAAAUCAAUAGAGGCUAACUUCGUUAGCUUGGUAGGCAUUCAGUAUGAAGGGAUGUCAUAUGAUAUCGUUCGCCGCCUCUCCAUCCAUGAUGCAAAGCAGGGGAGAAAUUACUCCCCAACAGAGAAAGGCACAACGGGGAGUGGAAUGGUGAAUGUUAUUGAGGGGAUGAACACGAAGCACGUACGGUCAUUGACCACAUUUCAUUCCGAAGGACACAACUUGCUGCUCGAUCAACUAGGAAAGUUCAAACUACUGAGGGUACUUGAUCUGGAAGACUGCAAGGACCUAAACAACAAGCAUUUGAGGUACAUUUGCAAGAUGUACCUUCUUAAGUUCUUGAGCUUGAGAGGUACAGAUGUCAGUCUCAUGCCUCCAGAAAUCUGCGACCUAGAGCAUUUGCAAACACUUGAUGUCGAUGAUACUCUCCUCGAGACGCUUCCAAACAGUGUGAUAAAGCUUACAAAACUUGAGAGGUUGAUGUUCUCCAAUAGGAAAAAUUGGACUGCCCUAUGGACAUUGCCCAAAGGGAUCUCAAAAAUGAAGGCAUUGCGCGAGGUGACUAGAGCAGUCAUUAGAAAUGUUGAGGUUGCCAUAGAGAUCGGUGAUCUACAACAAUUGGAACGGAUAUUUGUCUAUCUCGAUAGAAGGUCCGAGCAGGAUAGUGAUAUUAGACGAGAGUUUAAAUGCUCACUAAGUAAGACAUCAUCCCUUCGGUGGCUCGAUGUGUGAGAGCUGAAUGAUGUCUAUAGA